UUCCAAUUAUUCCGAUAAAUUUUGACCACAAUCUUCUCUCCAAUUUUUCGAUGAUCGCUAUUCCCCCUCUGUGGUGAUACUUUCCUUAAUAAUAUUUUGAUAUGGAAUCAUCUUAGAUGAAUUUACAUAUUUUCCUGCAACUAUCUCUCUGUGCGGUGUUCCAAUGGAGAUAAGGUAUGCAGAUUUUUUUUCUUUUUUAAAUUACAUGUUACUCCCUCCGUCCUAAAAUGUUCUUCCCACUCACUUUUUACCCGGUCAAACUUUAAUCACUUUCUUUACCUAUUUUCAUUAGGUAUUUGAUAAAAUAAUAUAGUCUUGUCACCACUUGUUUUGUAUAACUUUUGAUGUAGUUUUUAAAUAUAUAAAUUUUAUUUUUUAAUUUUACACCUACAAUCAAAUAAAUUGAAUUGAAAAUAAAGUCGGUCAAACCUAGUAAAAUGAACCGAGAAGAACAUUAUAGUACGGAUGGAGUAUUAGAGAUUUCAAUGUUGAUUUUGUUGUUAUCAUUUUAGUUUUACAUUUAUUUUUGCCUUUUUAUUUGUAAAAGAACUUACAAGGUGUUUGAAUUUAGGUUUUGGGGAUGGUAUUUUAUUUAGAAUGCGUAGAUUGAAAUUAAUCUGCAAAAAUAAAUUACAAGGUGUAUAAAAUCUGAAAUAGGAGUAUGAAUUGGGGAUAGUGCUUUUAUGAGUUUUUGGAUUUUACUUCUUUUUUGUUUAGCUAUUUUGCACUGUGAUACAUUUAAAAAUUGUUAUAUGAAUUCGGGCUAUUUUUUUGUUUACUACGUAGUAUUUUGUAGUGAUCAAGCGCAUGAUAGUCUCCUUCUUCUCUGUUCCACACGCUACGAACCGGAACAGAGCAACUAUUGGAAAAAAAAAAGAAAAGAAAAACGAGAAAAUCUACGGAGUAUGUGUCGCGCCGGAAGAGAGGGAACCGAACACAGCCGCUGCUGCUCCAGCGGUGCUGCUUAGUCGUUCGCCAGAAACAGAUUGCCGCCUCCGAGUUUGCCGUCUUAAUUCGAUUGUGAUUAGUUUAAUUCGUCUAAUUAUCGAGGUAACAAGAAUGAUGAAUAAGGAGCUAUCCUGGAAGGCAGAGCGGAUGAGAUGAUGGAUGGAUGCUAGCUGGAGGAGUUAUCUAGUUUAUUUAUUAUUGCAUUUAAAUUUAUUAUCUUUUAAGGGCAAGAACCCAAAGUUGUAUAAGUACUUAAAGGCUUCCGCACCGUUUUGCUAACUCUGAUGGAUGUUUAAAUAUUGUUUUGAAUUAAAUAUUUUAAAUUGUU